CCAUGUAGGGCGUUGGCUGGCAGUGAUGGAACCUCAAAUAUGAGGCAAGAUGCAGUGAGGGUGCUGCAAAGGGCACCAGAUGCCAGAGGACACAAGAUAGGAUCCCGCUGCGUUGAGCUUAACCCCGUUAGGAAAGCAAGUUAUUUUUUGAUCCACUCCCGAACAGCAAGGUUCUGCAGGAAUGGCCAGGAACACCAGCACCAGUGGCAUGGAGGUCCAGCUCAGGAGCCCCAGCCAGAAGCUGGAAAAUAAGCAUGAGGAGAAGGUCCAGGAUCCUAACAGAGGGAAGGACGAGCCUAAGGCAGACAUGGGGAGCAAAACCUGGGCAGACCUGGCUGGGGAGAUGAAGAUAUUCUUGUGGAACCCGGAGGAGAGAACAUGCUUGGGGAGAACAGCCAAGAGCUGGGGCUUGAUCUUACUGUUUUAUUUCAUUUUCUACACGUGCCUGGCGGGAAUGUUUGCCUUUUGCCUGUAUGUGAUGCUGCUCACGCUGAGCCCCUACACGCCCAGGUUCCGGGACCGUGUGUCUCCACCAGGAGUGAUGAUCAGACCAUACUUGAAUGGGUUCACCAUUGCCUUCAAUGUCUCCCAGCCCAACACAUGGCAGCCCUACGUGGACAGCAUGCACCACUUCCUAGCAGCUUAUGAUGACAAAGUUCAGGAGGAGAAGAAUAUUGAGUGUGUCCCAGGCCAGUACUUCAUCCAAGCAGGGAAUGAGAGUGAGGAGAAGAAGGCCUGCCAGUUCAAGCGCUCGCUGCUGCAGAACUGCUCUGGCAUCGAGGACCCAACCUUUGGCUACUCCAAAGGCCAGCCCUGCAUCCUGCUGAAGAUGAACCGGAUCAUAGGCUACCGCCCUGGCGCCGGGGUCCCCGUGAGCGUGGACUGCAAAGUGCAGAAAGGCAAUGAGAGUCACCUCAGGUCAGUGGACUUCUACCCCGGGAACGGGACGUUUGACCUCAUGUAUUAUCCCUACUACGGCAAGUUCACCCACGUCAACUACACCUCCCCACUGGUGGCUAUGCACUUUACAGAUGUGCAGAAGGAUUACCAGGUCCCCAUCCAGUGCAGUCUGAAUGGGAAAGGAAUUAUCAACGACCUGAACAGCGACCGCUUCCUGGGCCGAAUCAUCUUCACACUCAGCAUUGGGAAGUAGCCCCUGCCAACACCAGGCACUUAGGUUAGGUCAAUCAGAGGCUUUUUCCUUUUUAAAGCAUCAAGCCAGCAUUUUUUUCUGCUAGGAAAAACAGGCACAUAGAGAUUAUUGUUAAUUUAUUUUUGUUCAUAGUUAGGAAAACAAUGAGAUACAAUGGAGUGUGGAUCCACAUUUUUCAUUUUCUGAUGUAAAUCAUUAUUAGUAAAAAUUAGAAGUUUUCCCCUGGGGAGAGAACCUGCAGAAGAUUUCACUUUUGAUUGAAAAAAACCCUCUGGUAUCCAAAUGCUAUUUUCAUAAGGUCUUUUAUGAGUGAUCCCUGUGGAAUGCAUCUUUCCUGGCUUUAAAUUUUAUUUUUUAGCAUAGUUUUAUGUGCAUUUCUCAGGCAAAAGCUAAAAAGGAGGUAGUUUAUUAGCACUAUUCUUGUUAAAAUAAUAAACAGCAAAAAUUCUGGAUUAUUCCUGCAAUAACUGAGUGGAAAAGUGAAAAUGGCAGCUCCCAAAAUGCUUUCUAGGAUCUCCAGCCCCAGACGCAUCUUGACUGCAGCUUUUUACACAGCUUGUGGAUCACACCCAAGGUGUUGAGCAAGGGCCACAGAAAAUCGUUUGCCCUUGAACACUUCCAGCUGUUCCUUUCUAAAGUGGGAAGAUUAAUGCAUUUCUCCCUCCCUCCUCCUCACUCCAGUACUUCCCUCUGCCCCAGGAGUCCUCAGCCAGUCUCUUUGACAGGGAUGAGUGAGGAGCUCUCCUCUCCUGCCACGGUUCUCAGGUUGGCAGUGCCUCCUGAUCAGGCACAGAAGUGCCCAACGCUCUCAGACCUGUUCUUCCCUGUCCCAGAGAGGUCACAGCUGCAGUGCUGCAGCAAAAUGCAGAGAGAUGCUCAGUCCUUUCACAGUUAAGGGGUCAGUGUUGGGGUGAGUGAAGGCAUCAGUUUAUCACCCCCAACCAAAUCUGAUGAAACACAGUGUGCAGCCCUGGGAUGUGACAGACCAGCUGCACUCUGCUUGCUGGGAGCUACAAAACACAGCAGGACAGGACACCUUGGGAUAAAGUACUACCUGGAAAGCACACUUAUUAAAAUUACUGCUGAACAGGGGCAUUAUGGUAUGUUUGUCCUACAUCCAUACCAAGGAACUUAAUCUGCUGUCAUUUCCUGAUCUAUAUCAGUUUCUAAGAAGUGAUUUUUUCCUAUUUAAAAUAAAGUGACUACAGUAAAA